UCGGCGGUUGCUGGGGACCGCCUACGAGCUUUGCCGUAGGCGGCGCAAGAGGACGGGGCGCGGCGGGGGACACGGCGGCCGCCGCGGGGCUCGAUCGGGCAACGGCGACGACGGCGGCGGCGGCGGCGACGGUAAAGGCAUGACUUCCCGGCACCGCAGGGAAAAUAGGGUGCAAGCCCAGAAACUAUUUCCCCAUCACCACUUGUUGAAAAACUGAUUUGAAGGCAUCUCCGGGUUUGAACAAACGAAAGUGCCAGGAUUUCAAGCGUCUUUGGUUUUGCGCUAGAGACCCUUCACUACUGAGUAUCAAGACGAAAAAAACUGGAAACUGAUCGGAACCUUAUUCAGAGUCAGAAUGGAAAGAUUUGUAGUGACAGCACCACCUGCCCGAAACCGUUCUAAGACUGCUUUGUAUGUGACUCCCCUGGAUCGAGUCACUGAGUUUGGAGGUGAGCUGCACGAAGAUGGAGGAAAACUCUUCUGCACUUCUUGCAAUGUGGUUCUGAAUCAUGUUCGCAAGUCUGCCAUUAGUGACCACCUUAAGUCAAAGACUCACACCAAGAGGAAGGCAGAAUUUGAAGAGCAGAAUGUAAGAAAGAAGCAGAGGCCCCUAACUGCAUCCCUUCAGUGCAACAGUACUGCGCAAACAGAGAAAGUCAGUGUUAUCCAGGACUUUGUGAAAAUGUGCCUGGAAGCCAACAUCCCACUUGAGAAGGCUGAUCACCCAGCAGUCCGUGCUUUCCUUUCUCGCCACGUAAAGAAUGGAGGCUCCAUACCUAAGUCAGACCAGCUAAGGAGAGCAUAUCUGCCUGAUGGAUAUGAGAAUGAGAAUCAACUCCUCAACUCACAAGAUUGUUGACAAGGAGGUUAACCACCAUUGUGAUCAAGAUAAAUGUGGAGUAUUAAAGUUAUGUGUUGA